UUUAGUCCAACAGACAGUGUUCAAGACAACAGUGCCAUCCUGAGGGAAGACAGGAGUUUCACUGAUACCAUUGCAGAGCACCAGUCAGGUGACUUACAGAAGGCUGACAGCACUGCCACAGCUGGGGAAGAAAAUCCAGAGGAUGAACUAAAACAGCAGCAGCAACAGCUGCUGCAGCAGCAGCCGCCAAGCAAGGAGGCUGGCACUAGCAGCGGUGGUGACCAUGGCAGUGAUAGUGGGGCUAGCGGGGGCCAGGUGAUAUUCAGCGAAGACUUGCCGGAGGGUCUAGAGUCUUACGUCACCCUAACAGGCACCAUCAAACGUGGAAAGAAGAAAGGGCACAGCAUCGAUGUCAAGGUGAACCUAUCCCGUGAAGAACUUGAUGACCUUGAAGCUUCCAUUACACAGACACUUGGACCAGACAAGCCCAAGCCAAGGUGCUCCCUUCGCUAUGGACCUCACAUCACCAUCCUCUCUUUUAUAUGCUUCCCAUUUGUCUUCCUGGUGUCCUCAGGGUAUUCAUUUUACCUUGGGACAAUAACUUGGUACAGCAUGCUAACACGAGCCACAGAAGCGCGCUGCCUCCCCAAAGUAUCACUGCCGCCAUUGCUCAUCCUUACCUACCCAUUUCUUAUAAUCAUCUUCACCUUUGGACUCGGGAUUUAUGGAGCACUGGCCCAGAUAUCUUUGUCUUAUGAUUCCUGGUGGUCCGAGAUCACUGAUCCAGAGAAAGGUUUCUAUGGGUGGCUGUGCUCUCUUCUACAUGUAGAAGAAUGUGCCCCAUAUGAAACUGUAGUCCUCAUGACAGAACCACUUAAUGCCAAGGUACAGGACUGUACAGUGUAAGACAUGGCCAUCACACACACACUCAACAUGAGGACUUCAUUAGCAAGUAGUGAGAACUGGAAGUUUAGUAAGUAACCAAUGUUUGCAGGCAUCUUAAAAAGUGUUCUCUUUCGUGUUUUCAAUAUAAGAAUGUUAAAUUCUACAUGUGUGUGUGUGUGUGUGUGCGUGUGCAUGUGUGUGUGUGUGUGUGUGUGUGUGUGUGUGUGUGUGUAAUGCUGACUUGCCUGAUGGGUGAGCCUCCCAUAACCCACUUAGCCAGGGGGGUACCUCUUUGGCUGACUGGUAAAGGAGUGGCUCUCCCGUUACGCUGGUCAGGGGUUCGAUCCCCGGCGCCACCAAACCUUUCCUUGUCUGGAUUAAUUUCUCGUGUGUUUCGUUACACGCAGUGGCCGUGUGGGAGUGUAGUAAAGAGAAGAAUUCUGGCAUUUCAUGUGUGUGUGUGUGUUGUGUGUGUGUGUGUGUGUGUGUGUGUGUCUAUGUAUGUUUACCUAGUUGUAUUACCGAAUUGUGAUUUAUGAGAAACAAAAUACACUCGUGGGAUCUUGUCUCCAAAUCUUAGCUUGAUAUUCAUGAACAGU